AUGGCCGACAAGGCGGCGUCCCCGGAGAAGAAGUCGUGGGCCGACGUCGAGGAAGAGGAGGAGGCCAAGGCCAAGGCGGCCGCGGAAGCGGAAGCGGCGGCGGCGGCGUCCUCUUCCUCCACCACUGAGCCGACGGUGGAGGAGCAGGCCAAGCAGAUCGAGGCGCUCUCUCUCGCCCCGGCGGUGGAGGACGCCGCAGGCGAAGAGGGUCCGCCCCUCCUCGAUGACUCCGAUGACUCGCAAAUCCAAGCCGUGACUUCGGGUGGCACGGUGUACGAGUCGGCCACCAUGUUCGAGGAUCUGAAGCUGUCUCCCGAGCUGCUCAAGGGGCUGCACGACGAGAUGGGGUUCAGCCGCCCAAGCAAGAUCCAGGCGAUCACCCUGCCCAUGAUCCUCACGCCGCCCUACAAGGACCUCGUCGCGCAGGCGCACAACGGCUCUGGAAAGACCACCUGUUUCGUCCUCGGUAUGCUCAGCCGCGUCGACCAGCAACGCAAGAUACCCCAGGCUAUCUGCAUUUGCCCCACUAGGGAGCUCGCGCAGCAGAAUAAGGCAGUUCUCAUGAGGAUGGGCAAGUUUACUGGCAUUACAUGUGCCUGUGCAAUCCCGCCAGCUCAAAAAGACUAUAUGCCGAUCUCUAAAAUGGCUCCGAUUACUGACCAGAUUGUUAUUGGCACAUCUGGUACGCUCAUCAAAUGGAUUACCCAUAAGAAGCUGGCCACAAGGGAUAUCAAGAUACUUGUGUUUGAUGAGGCGGAUCAUAUGCUUGCUGAGGAUGGCUUUAGGAGUGAUUCUGAAAGGAUGAUGAGGGAUAUACAAAGAAGCGCUGGUGGUUGUCAGGUGCUUCUCUUUUCUGCGACCUUCAAUGAGAGGGUGAAGGAUUUUGUUACAAAGGUCAUUAGGGAUGGAAAUCAGAUAUUCGUGAAGAAGGAAGAGCUUACUUUGGAAAAAGUAAAGCAAUACAAAGUUCAAGUCCCUGAUGAAUCAGCAAAAAUAGAGGUUAUAAGGGACAAGAUAUUUGAAUUUGGACAGAAAGUUGGCCAGGUUAUCAUAUUUGUUAGAACAAAGCAAAGUACUAAGAAUGUUCACAAUGCUUUGACGAGGGAGGACUAUGUUUGCUCCUCAAUUCAAGGAUCCCUUGACCAAUCAGAGAGGGAAAAGAUAAUACAGGAAUUCAAAGAUGGCUACACCAAGGUUCUUAUAUCAACUGAUGUUCUUGCUCGAGGUUUUGACCAAGCACAGGUUAACCUGGUUAUCAACUACGACAUGCCAAUCAAAUAUGGUACAAGAGAUGAACCUGAUUAUGAGGUGUACUUGCACAGAAUUGGCAGAGCUGGGCGCUUUGGCCGGAAAGGUGCUGUGUUCAACUUGUUGUGUGGUCCAACAGAUAAUGUUGUGAUGAAGAAGAUCGAGGACUAUUUCCAGCACAGUGUACCUGAGGUUCGGAAUUGGCAACGUGAAGAAGAUUUUGAGGCUGCUCUUAAGGAUGCAGGUUUACUUUAA